AUGGUCGAGAAGGUCGGCAUUGAAGCAGAGAAAAAAGAUGGUGCUUGCAAUGUUAUACAACUUGUGUCAAGAAAUACAGUGAGGUCUGAUAUAUUUGAAGUUUAUAAAAGUGAAAAUGAGAAGUUAUACAACCACCUUGGGGAGACUUCCAAUGCUCAUAUUCUUAAUUUGAUUGUGCAAGAUGCGUUAAAAGUAAUUGGAGAGUUUAUUCACAAGGUUAGAGAAACUAUGAAGUAUUUGAAAAGGUCUUCAUAUGCAACACAGAAGUUUACUCGUGUAAAAAAUCAACUUAAGUUGGAAGAUAAGAAGAAGUUAAAGAUGGAUUGUUCUACUAGGUGGAAUUCUAUUUUUCAAAUGAUUGAAAGUGCAAUAGCGAUGAAAGAGUGGGAAAGUAGUGAGCAUAGCUUUUUGUGUAUAAUGGCUGGCCCAAUGAAACUGAACUAUAUGGUGUUGAUGCUCAUAUUUGUUGAAAGAGUUUGUAAGACAAUAUUUGACAUUUUCAAUGAGUAUGAUGAUAAUUUAUCUCAAUCUCAAGUGGAAGUAAGUCAAGAACUUGGUUCUAGUAGUGAUCAUGGAAUGGGGGCUUCUCUAGAGGAGGAGUUGAGUGGGUUUGAUCCUUGGUCAAUACAAUCUCGAUCUUUUAAUUUGUCAUGUUCUUCUAAAAAUUCGAAGUCAAAGAAGUACUUGGAGGAGCCAUUAUUUCCAAGAACUGAAAAUUUUAAAAUUUUGAAUUGGUGGAAGAUCAAUAGUGCUAAAUUCCCCAUUCUUGGAAAAAUUGCUCGUGACAUAUUAGCUGUUCCAGCAACUAUUGUUGCAUCUGAGGCUACAUUUAGUGUAAGAGGGAGAGUAAUUGAUGAUUUUUGUGCUUCAUUACUUCCCGAAAUUGUAGAGGCUUUGAUGAAUCCACAAGAUUGGCUUUUCUCUUUAAAAAAGAAGAGUAAGUAUGCUGAUUAUUGA